UCUCUCUCUGUAGAGUCUAGCCUCUCUCGCUCUAGGGUUGUCGGCGUGCGCACGCGUACGCACGCGCGCGGCUCGUGGCCUGCAAAGCUGGGCGCUCCCUCUGCCUCGCCUCGCCUCACCCCCCCACGAACAGUGGAGAUUCCCGCGUCCAUUUCCCAAUUAUGGGCGACCGGGGUGGACGACGAGGAGGAGGAGGAGGAAGAGGAUAGCAGCGCGGGAGAAGCGAGGAGGGCGAGCGGGGGGCCACUUGGUUUCCGCCAUUGCUCCGGCUGAGGGCCAUAGCUUCUCCUAUCUAUAAUAGGUUCGCAAACUGUUCAGCAAAAUGAAGCCUUCAGACGAUAGGGCACAACUCUCAGGUUUGGCGCAAUCAGAAGAAUCGUCACUUGAUGUGGAUCACCAAUCGUUUCCUUGUUCUCCGUCAAUCCAACCGGUUGCUUCUGGGUGCACACACACAGAAAACAGCGCAGCAUACUUCUUAUGGCCGACAUCAAACCUGCAGCAUUGUGCAGCUGAGGGACGAGCAAACUACUUUGGGAACCUUCAGAAAGGGCUAUUGCCGCGGCACCCCGGCCGGCUGCCGAAAGGUCAGCAAGCAAACAGCUUGCUUGACUUGAUGACUAUUAGAGCUUUCCAUAGCAAGAUACUGCGGCGUUUUAGCCUUGGGACAGCGGUGGGCUUCCGCAUCAGGAAAGGGGCUCUAACAGAUAUCCCUGCAAUUCUUGUCUUUGUUGCUCGCAAGGUUCACAAGAAGUGGCUUAAUCCAGCGCAAUGUCUGCCUGCUAUUCUUGAGGGUCCAGGAGGUGUUUGGUGUGAUGUUGAUGUUGUUGAGUUUUCCUAUUAUGGUGCACCGGCUCAAACACCUAAAGAGCAAAUGUUCAGUGAGCUUGUUGAUAUGUUAUGUGGUAGUGAUGAAUGUAUUGGUUCAGGCUCUCAGGUUGCAAGUCAGGAAACAUUUGGUACCUUGGGUGCAAUUGUGAAACGGCGAACAGGCAACAGGCAGGUUGGUUUUCUCACUAACCGUCAUGUGGCGGUUGACUUGGACUAUCCUAAUCAGAAGAUGUUUCACCCAUUGCCACCCAAUCUUGGACCUGGUGUUUAUCUUGGAGCUGUUGAACGAGCGACUUCUUUCAUCACAGAUGAUGUGUGGUAUGGAAUUUAUGCUGGAACAAACCCAGAGACAUUUGUACGAGCUGAUGGUGCAUUUAUCCCAUUUGCUGAUGACUUUGACAUUUCCACCGUCACGACUGUAGUUAGGGGAGUCGGUGACAUUGGGGAUGUAAAGGUUAUAGAUCUGCAGUGCCCGCUCAAUAGCCUCAUAGGGAGGCAAGUAUGCAAAGUUGGCAGAAGCUCUGGUCACACAACUGGGACUGUGAUUGCCUAUGCCCUUGAGUACAAUGAUGAGAAAGGGAUAUGUUUCUUCACGGACAUCCUUGUUGUUGGUGAGAAUCGCCAAACAUUUGAUUUGGAAGGUGAUAGUGGAAGCCUUAUUAUCCUGACUAGCCAGGAUGGUGAGCAGCCGCGUCCUAUUGGAAUAAUAUGGGGCGGCACAGCAAAUCGUGGGAGACUGAAGCUUACAAGUGACCAUGGCCCUGAAAACUGGACUAGCGGGGUCGAUCUUGGCCGUCUACUCGACCGUUUGGAACUUGAUCUUAUCAUUACUAACGAAUCGCUGCAAGAUGCCGUGCAGCAGCAAAGAUUUGCUUUGGUAGCCGCCGUUAACUCAGCUGUUGGUGAGUCUUCUGGGGCGCCUGUUCCCAUCCCAGAAGAGAAGGUCGAAGAGAUCUUCGAGCCCCUGGGGAUCCAAAUUCAGCAGCUGCCUCGCCCCGACAUGGCGGCCUCUGGAACCGAAGGGGAGGAGGCGUCCAACGCAGUUGUCAAUGUGGAAGAGCACCAGUUCAUCUCGAACUUCGUCGGCAUGUCGCCUGUGCGCGGUGACCAGGAUGGCCCAAGGAACAUCACCAACCUGAAUAGCCCCUCGGAGGAAGAACUCGCCAUGGAGCUCCAUCUGGGUGACCGGGAGCCCAAGCGGCUCAGGUCGGACUCUGGAUCAAGCCUCGACCUGGAGAAAUGAAGUGCUCAUUCUGGUGCUUCACAAUUGUUAUCAUCAUGUGGACAGCCAAAGAAGUAGAUCGAAAGACCUCAUGCAGUUUCAGAAAAUUGGACCUGCAGUAAGCUUAAAUCAGCUUAAAAAUGGCUUUUGGCAAGCCUGUCAUGUAACAUGAUGUAUUGUUACACUUGAUUCAGCCCCUUGUAGGAUGUUAGGUGCUAGCCCUGCAGUUUUGCUGUGCUCAUGAUCAUGAGACUUGGUAUACAACAUUGCUGGAUCCCCUCCUCCCUCUUGUAGAAGAACAAUGUGCAGGGAAUUAUGAUAGCGAUGAUCUUUUGAUCUAUUUUCCCUGUUAUUUCCCUGUCGCCGGAUUUCUUUAUCAAUCGCUCUACAAAUCUUCCAUCUGCAUUGUAUCAAGUACUUU